AGGACAAGUUUCACUUGUCAGCGGCACGGCGUUUGUUGGGAAAAAUUUACCAGAAGUGUUGCGCACGAACAGUUGAGAUCCAACGAAGUGCUCGUGAAAGCAAUGAAAAUGAAUUGGAGGCCAUGGAGCAGUGCAUUGGCAGCUUGAGUCAAGUGCUGGAUGCCUCCUGCGAUUUUCCAUCUACAGAGCCAGAGCUGGCGCCUACAGCACCAGAACCUCCAACUCAGCCUCUAGAAAGACGAGGCGAAGUUCCAGUGUCACCCCCUGCCGUUGCACUGGCCAAAUUUCUACAGGAUGGGGACGACCGGUUGGCGUGUCCGACCGCCCUCCCCGCCCCGGCUCCAAGGAAUCCAAGGAGCCAGCCGCCGAUCACGCCGGUCACGCCCUCGCAUCCGCCCACAUGGAGUCCGACGGUGGAGAUGGGGAUUCCACCACCACCUGCCAUCCCACCGCCUCAACCGCAAGAUCUGGACCUGACCGAACGCCUGUCGGGAUUUCGCACCGGCCCCGAUGCUUUUGAGACACCAAAUAGGGCAACCCCAGCAGCUUCCAGUGUGGCGGCGCAGCUGUUUUCCAUGCCUGCAGUGGUGCCGGAUCAUACCAAGAUGUUCGAUGAGUUGGGAUGGAACCCAUGGCCACAAACACCCGACGCCGCGGCUUGCGCGGCGGCGCCAGCCGUGGCGACGAAGGAACAGGCGGCAAGUGCAGCUGCCGGCGAGGCGACCCAGGCGACUGAGCGUCGAUGGCCGGCGACCGUAACUGUUGACACAUCGGCACCGCCCAGUCUUAGUCGAAGCGCGACAGCGCCGGUGGCUAAGGCAAGCCGCGCCACCAUGAAGGAAGUCGUGUCCAGAGGAGCGGGCAACGCCAGCAACGCCGUCAACGCCAAGUUGGCCCCGCGUCCCAAGCCGAAACCCUGCGCGGCGCCGUGCGUGGCGCCGGUGCAGCGAGCGGGUCUGCAGGCAGAAGUCACGGGUGUUUUGGUGAAGCCUUUGCCCAGCGCUCUGUCGCAGUCGCAGCUGCUGCGCGCCCUGGGGGAGGAUGGCUUCGAUGGACAGAUCGACUACUGCAGUUUGCCAGAGUUUCAGGAUAGCCAAGGUCCUCGGCAGGCAUGGCUCAACUUUCGCAGGCCCAGCUUUGCACAGGAGCUUUGGCAUGCUUGGCACGGACGCAGGCGCUUCAAGCACCAGGAAGUGGCACUGCAGGUGGUGCAGUCCCCCUACCAGGGCCUGGAAGAGAACCUGAAGCGAUGCAAGAUGCACGAGGACGAGAUGCCCUUUGUGGCCCUGGAUGCCUUGACUGCCGCGCAGCCAGAGCCCGCAGAGCGAGGAGCCUCCAGCAGUGCCUCCCGCGUCAAGCCCGACCCCGGCCGAUCCGCAGCCAAGCGGGACCGGCGGGACGCCGGGGACGGCGACGGCGAUGCUACGGAAGGUGUUUGGGAGCGAAAAGAAGGGCCAAGAGUGAAGCAAAAGGAGAGGAUCAAACAUGAGCCGGUGACUCCAAAGGAUCCACCCGACGCGCCGGACGCGCCGGACGCGCCGGACGCGCCGGACGCGCCGGACGCGGCGGACGUGGUGGACAUGGCGCAGGCGCCCAAAGGCGAGGCGCAGGCUAGGUCCAAGAUGCCGGUGCGGAAAGCGAAGGGAAGCUGUGCCAAGAAGGAUUCGGAGAAGACCGCCGCGUCCCGACGGGUCGAGGAGAACUUCGACCGACUGCUGGCGGAGGAACGCUCCAAGCACCACCCCUGCGAUCUGGAGGGAGGCCAGCCGGUGUCAGAUCACUGCUGCCUUUGUGGAAAAACCGUGGCGAAUUUGAAACCCGCACUGGAGCUGAGUGUUUGCAAGGCACAUUACCGCAUGUUCCAAUCUGAGGAGAGAUUCUUGGCCACUUUUGUUGCUGCCAGGCAAAAGAGUGAUCCAAAGGCUCCGAGCAACCACUUGUUUCAUUUGAGUGCAUAUUUGAAUCGCGGGGAGGAAUCCCCCUUUAUCAGCGAUCUUUACCUUGGUGGUGGAAUUGCUGAGUUAAGUCUUUUAAUCAGAUUUUUGAGCGCUAGAGGACAUGGCUUGGAGGAGCGUUGGCAUGGCCUUACGGCUCCCUUCAUGUCGUUUAUUCUGCUGGACUAUGCACCAUUUCUGGCCGUGGCUUUUGCGGAUGUCUUGGACGUUGACUGCAGCAGGUACCCCUGCAUCCUGGACAUCCGCUGUCGCGCGCGCAGCGCCAUGUGUCGCUGGUCGCCCUCCAAGCGGCUCUCGGGACUCACGGGGGAUGCCUUGGAUCAGACGGUGGCGGAAGCGGUGAGCGCCAGCCACGAUCUGCGCCUGCCGGCCGAGCAUAUGCCGCUGGAUGCGGAGAUUGGCAGCUCCAAGCGCAAGAAGAAGAAGAAACUUGCGAGAACGACUGCUGCAACGGCCACUCAACCAACGGUCGCACCGGCCACAGACAGCCAAGCACAGCCCGCUGCGCCCUUGAUUGAAUCGACUCAUGAAACUCAUGAGACCCACGAGUCGGACGACGAAGAGGCCCCAGCCUUGUGCAUGGCACAUCACACCUGGCAGUGGCUGACUUGCUCUGAUGUCUUCAAAUGGGCCAUGGCCAGCAAGAAACAGGCACGGGACUACUACCGCCUGUCCACCUGUUCCUGCUGCGAACACGUGGCACCUUGGAGUUUCUUGCAGGACGAAGAUCUGCCCGUGGACGACCAGGGGAACCCCUUGGAGUCCCUUGGUGUGUUGGAACUUCCAGACCGAGGUGGCGACGUGGUGGAGGCUGCAGCUUUCACAGAGAGUGAGGGCCACACCGUCGAAACGGCGGAGAGCGAGGAGAGUGAUCAGUCGGACUGUAGUAGUCAGAUCAGCACGGCGGACUUGCCAUCUGCGCCCAAGAAAUACCCGGAAGCCGGUGGCCCGGGAUCCUUGCAGUGCGACCAGGAGAAAUCUGCAGAGCAGGGCAAAGCUUCGGUGGAUGCGCCGGUCGAAAGAGGCGGGCCUCUGGCUCUCCCGACGGAGCCUCAGGUCCCUGCCGCACCUUCGGUAACUUUCAAAGGUGUGCUGCGGCAAUUGCUUCAGCAGCUGCACGGUCUGCAGAACUUGGCGCGGCAACAUCCCUUUUGGUUACAUACGACUCUCUCGGAGUCCUUCCAUUUAUCUGCAUGCAGCAAAGCCCAUGCAGCCCUUUUCGAAGAAGCAGCUGCCUUGGCAGUGCUUCGGCGACAGCAACAGUUGAGAGGAGAGAUCUGCGAUACCAUGGAUGAACCAUGGGAGGAGGACAUCUCCGACAGCCUCAACUUGUAG